CAUCCAGACAAAUUUUGAACAUCUCCAGAGAAGGAGACUCCACAACCUUUCUGGGCAACCUGUGCCAGUGCUCUGUCACCCUCACAGGAAGGAAGUUUUUCCUCAUAUUCAGAUGGAAGUUCCUGUGUUUCAGUUUGUGCCCACUACUUCUUGUCCUCUCACUGGGCACCACUGAAAAUAGUCUGGCUCCAUCCUCUUUAUACGCUCCCUUAAGAUGUUUGUAGACGUUGAUAAGAUCCCCUCAUUUCCACUGCCAGAUGGGAGCAUUGUGGGGCAUUAACUCCCACCAGAAGCACAUGGUUGGAGCUGACCAUGGGACAUUCAGACGAGAUAUCUUCACCUGCCACAGGAAAUGGUGACCAGUCCUUUUGUGGGAUGAUGCAAGGAGGACUGCAAAGAAAGAGCAGUGACAACACGCUGUAGGAGAAAUUCAGCUCUGUCCUACCCGCCUUUUCUUGCUCUCUUUCAUCUCUUAAGCAUUGGAUUUGCUGGAUAACAGUGUGUUCAGUGUGAAACAGCCAUCCAGAAAAAAAAGUGUUGGAAGGAGAGAAAGCUUUUGCCUGGAGAGGAUUCGAUGUACUAAGACCCAGAGACUAGAGCACUGAAGUAUCUUGUACCUCACGUAAGCCAGGCACCUCUGGGGUACUGUUUGCAAAUUCAUGAACCAAAGUCAUUAGUGGGGAAUCUGUUAUGAGUUUUGAACCUCUCAGCCCCAUCUCAACUGGAAGGGCAUGACUGGGCUUUGCUGCUUUACUGAAAUCAGGGACUGGAAGAAUAGCUUCCAGGAUGCUUCGGCUCUGCCAUAGCUACGAGGAACAAGGUUGACACAAAAAUCAAGGUUCAGACAAACAGAUUUUUUCCCCAUUGCAAAGGGGAAAAGCUGCCACACCUGCAAAUCACCUGCAAAGAGAGCUGAAAACAGCCUGUUCAAUGCAAACAACGAGCUGGAGGGUGUCGAGUUCACCGCGUUCCCUGGCCCUCGCAGCUUCAACGCCCCAAGCUGCACUGAGAGAGGGAAGUGUAUGGUGUGCCUGAGCUCAUUCAAAGAGUUUUCGUUUUACUAUUGCAUAGGUGGAAUAACUGAGUCACAAGCACAGAAACCACAGCAAGGCUCUCACAGUGCUCCUAGGGAGGAGAGAGCAGUUUACCACGGCAAACUAUGGCAGCGAAACACGUCUGAGAGAAUGGCAGAAAUCGAGAAAGCAACCGAGCAAGGAGAUCUCCAGAACCAAAGCCCCAGAGCUUUGCGAUUUCACACUUGGGCAGCCUCUCUCUCCGGUGCCAUGCAGGAAGACAGCUCUCCCGCUCAGUCAAUCAUGUCAUCAGGAAAAGCAGACACCAGCGCCUCCUGUCUCCCUUCCCAGUGCUUUGACUCCCUGACCAGGUCGUGUGUGAAAUGCUCUGAGUUGUACAACGACAACACAAAGCCUGCCCAUGCAGCGCCCACCUCAGCCCUGAUCCCUUCGCCCCCUUCAGCAGACCUGCGAGACACCAUCUUGAUCUUUGGGGUCCCUGCUGCUGUGGGGCUCAUCCUGGCUCUGGCUGCUGUCUGGGGCUUCCUGACCUGGAAAAUGGGGAGGCAGAAGAGGAAGAGGAAGAAGCCGGAUGAGGAGUCCAAAGAAAGCCUGGACAAAGCCAUCUCCUCAUCAAGCCCGCUCCAGCACGGCUCCACUGCACUGGCAGCAGACGAUGAUCUUGCUUUGGCAAAGUGCCCGCAUGCCAAUGGAGCGGUGGAAGUGCCUGGGCCACUCGGAAAAGACACAGCAAAGCAGAGGCUGUGCUGCCAAGGCAGUACCGGCGGCGACAUCAUUCCACUCUCUGCUGUGUCCCCCUGCCUCAAGGAGUGCAACCACUGCUUCCCGCUGCCAGCUACGGAGCUGGGGGCUGCUGCCCUGGUCACCACGAAAACCACCCAGAAGACCUGCAUCAACGAGGAGAUACCAUGAGAGCUGGUGGAGCAGGGCUGGAGCUUUAUGGCUUCUCCCUGCAAACACCAAGACUCCUUCCCUUGGAUGGAUGAAGUGUUGCGUGGAAGUGAGUUGAAUCAGAACGAGGUUUUGCCUUGAGCAAGAUCAGCCUUCUAGAAUCAUUGCCUUUUCUACUUUCCCAUUUGUGCAAAGUCCCAAAUAAGCCAGUAGUCACUGGAGGAAGUCUAAGUCGAUCAUGUGGAGUUACGCUGAGCCAAUAGCUGCCGUGAUUGUGCUGUCUGGAGGAGGCAGGGGAGAUCUGACUGAUGAGGAGGAAGGAUUGCUGGGGGCUGCUGUGCCAUUCACAAAGCUGCAGUGAUGCGGGCAUGGAUGAGCAGGAGAGCCAGAGUGAGUCUGUUGAUGGAUGGGGGAUUUCUAGGGGCAGGAAGCUGAAAGGAGGAGAAAAAAAGGAAAGUGGAAAGGGGAAAAGAGAAUUACGUUAGGGCGAAAUCCCUCACCAUUGACAUUAGCUGGAUUUUUGCUGCUGACCUCAGUAAAAUGAGGCUCGUGGCCAUAUGAAGCAAGCCUCAUCAAGCAUCUGCUCCAUUCACAGUCCAGCCUUCUCCUGUCUUUGGCAUAUCUACUGUUCAGGUCUCUCCUCCCUCUGGACACCCUUGCUCUGUGGAAGCCGUCCAUUGCCUGCCAGGAGGCAUGACAGUCAUGGGAAACUCCCCUCAGCAGCUGGGUAGCCAGGAGACUGUAAACAAGUUUAUCUUCCAAGCAGGGAGUGAGGAGAGGAAGAGGGGAAAAUCUCUCUUUGCUCUGACCUACAAGCACUUAAGUCAGAGAGGACCUGAGGCAGGCAAUGGAGGCUGCUGGUCCUGAGGAGCACUGGCUGUAAGAGCUUGUCAUUAUGGCCUGAGACAACCAUCACAUUCCUGAGACAACCAUCACAUUCACUCACAGUUGUUGCAAAAAUACCGCGUGUCACUUGCGAUGACAGGACUCAUAGUGAUGGAUGUUUCCAUGCUGCAUAAAACCAGGCAGGGAGUGAUGUGAGUGUAAGAGGGAUCACUUAAUUUAAGUGAGUGUCUUAAGGAGCUUGCUUGUGUGAGAACUGACCAGCAGUGCUGGCCCAGGACCUCUCCUCUCUGUAGAUGAUCUAGUCCACACAUGGGCACACACAUGAGUGGCUUUAUGGUGCAGGAAAUGCUCUGCUCUGAAAAUGAAGUCAUUAGUCCAGAAUGCACUCACUUUAUUCCACUGCACUGUCUACACAAGGGAGUUUUGCCAGUGUAGUUAAAUGGCAUUGGAAUAGCUGUAGCAGAGCUGUUGAUCCAGAGUAAUUAUAGCAACCAAAUCUCCUGGGUAAAUAGAGCCCAGGAAACAGGACUUCGGUGAGAAAUCCUGCUGGUCCUGAAGGGGGUGAUUAGAAAAUUAGAAGUGCCUGAGGGGUUUUAUUUGCAUAAAGCACCAUCCCAGCAGCAGUCCCAGUGAACUCUUCCAUCAGAAAGGUGACUUCUUUGCCUCAGAGGCAAUGAAUGCAGAGCAGACAUAGCCAAGCAAGCAGAGACUGCACCACUGAGCAGCAGUAUGACAGAGGCCCCUGUCUUGCUAAUGACUGAUUUCCAGCUUUGUUCUAGAUUUGCCACCAAUUCUAGCACCUGGCCUCACUGUUAACGAAUGUCCAGUCUUUAAGGCUGCAGUCAAAGGCAGACCCUGCCUAUAGUGCUCUCCUGUACACUGCUGUCUUCAGAAACUAGAAGACUUUACCGUGCUCACCCAAUGGAGCACUCAGGGGCACUGCUCUUUGUAGGACUGAUCGGCGAUGCUAGGCGCAAGGGAAUGUCCCUCUGAAGACAGGAAGGUGCCUCUCUCCCAAGGAACGUUAGCCCAAGCCUUAGCUCUCUUUGGAACUCAAGGAGCUCUUAUAUUAAAUGGUGAGGUCUGCCUCCAUGCCAUGGAUGCUGGAGUUGGUUUCACUGCGUUCAUCUCAUAAGGGGAACCACAGAAGCUGCCACAAGGCACAGAGGCCUCACUUCUUCCCCAUAACUCAUCUCUCUGACCUCCUCAUUGCCAUCCUAAAUGCAGUCGCUGAGGUAAACCUUGAUCUGACUAAUGCUUAACACAGUUCAAGACGUGAGGGGUCAGUCUCAGUCUCAUUACCUCAUGGCUGGGGAUGUUGCAUGGCCUGGUCCAAGUGCACAGUCACCUUUCCUUGGAGUUUCAGACUUGAGUGGCUGCCUUAGCUCAGUUGGGAGGAGUUGUGGAGGCUCCAGCAUUUGGCUCCCCAGCAAUCCUCUUACUCCGCAACAGUCACUGCAGCUCUCCGCCAGCAACCACUGCCUACCACAGAAGUGAAGUCACCACAGCACAAAUCAGGGGUCUCUUCAUCUGUGUGCUCCUCACUCAGCCAUUCAGAGUGCCUUCUAGCAAUCUUCGCACAUCUGGUUUGGGGAAAGUAAUUCUGAAAUGAACCAAGGCCCAUCCCAGAAGACAUUCUGGCAUUUGGAAGAAAGACUGCUUGUGAGAGGCAGGGAAUGGGAGCAGGACUGUAAUGCAUUUCUUUCCUGUUUCCUGCCUUGUAACUGCUAUGGCUGAGAACUGUGGAUGCGGUGCCCAUCCCUGAAUGAGGUGAAGAUCUGAAAACAAAACUACUGAAGUUUUGUUUGUAUGUGCUGUGUAAAAAUCCUGUUGAAAAACACCCUCUUUCUGGUAAGGUAAGGGCUUCUGCUCUCAUUUCUUCUAAAGCUUCAGCGAUAUAUCUUCUUUAUGGGACUCUGGGCAUCUACAGUUCACAGAAGCAGCGUUUCAAUCCACAUUGGAUUCUUCAGAUAGCAAAUAUCCCGUAUAUCCCUCUGUCCAUUAUAGCAUACAGAAGUCUCCCCAUGGUCUCACCUGCCUGACUCAGUCAAGCAUAGCAAGAGUAAAUCUCCCCUCCUCCACGGUCUCCUUGCUCGACUGGCUGGGAAAAACUUGUCUCAUGUUGCAGUUCUUUUUUGUAUAUGCUUCUCAUUCCUUAUUUACAGGACAUAGGGUUGUCCAUUUUGUCUGCAUGGGGAGAAUAGAGAAAGGAAACAAAAAAAUAUAAUUGUAGAAAUUAAAGAAUAAAGUGUAAAUCUAUGA